AUGCGGGGUUCAAUUUGUUCAAUUUUAUUCUACUUUGUGUUCGUUUCGUCCACCGAAUUGAAGUAUGAGAAGGAGCUCGAGGUGGCGAUGACAGCCGAGCAAGUCAAAAACUCGCCAUACUACAAGGACAAAGUGAUGAGGGUUCCGAUAUCCAAAGAAGCCGGGCAAGAGCUUCUCGAGCAUUGGGCGUCGCAAGCAUUCUCCGGAUUGAUUUCGGCGAUUGCCACCAAAAGGCUAAGUCUUGUUGAAGAAUAUCAUAAACGUGAUCACGAGAAAUGUGCGUCGGAUUCUCAUGAUCUAGUGAAGCACGCGAAAUGUCUCGUCGAAUUGGAAUCUGAUGUCAAUAAUCAUCGAUGGCUGAGAAAGAAAAAGCUAUUCGACAAGAAAACUAGGAAGAUGUUGAAAAUGAAUAAGAGGAAGAAGCCUAGAAAGUUGAAGGAUCAGGGAUGGAUCGGAUCGUUCAAAACAGCUAGGGUCAAGAGAUCCAUCAAGGUCGUCAAUCGGAACAAUUAUCAGAUAAAAUCCGAUUCUGACAGGACCCCAUUCGGAUUAAUCACCAAGCAUCUAAUGAACACUGUGAAGAUCCUGAAGAAGAAAGAUCGCCUGAACCGGUGGCAAGACACUCUCGUUCACAUUAAACCCGAAGCCGAACAUUUGAAAAAACGAAAGAAGGUUGAAGAUGUGGCUCGGAAACGAAUGAGGAUCUACGCGAAGGCGGCUGAAGAGAAAAGGGAAAAAGAUGAGAUAUUAUCAGGGAAAAGGACAAGUAAACGAAGGAUGGAUGGUGAUUUGAAGAUGUUCGUGAGUAUGGAAAAGUAUAUCGAUGAUGAAGAAGUUCGAGAAAUGUUUCACAACAUGCUGAACAAUAUGACGGAUUCGGAGAAGAUCAUGAUGAUUCCGGUGAAGAUCAUACGGGAAGCUGCGAAAUUGGGAUUGACGUUGAGCGGAAUGAAUACGACUGGAAUCGAGGGAAAGAAUAUGCGGUUGAUCAGUCCGAAGUUCAUGAGUGUGAUUCCGGAAGAGAACGACUCCAAUCAGGUUGAUUGGCUCUCCCCUUCCUUGUUCUCAUUGCACGACGAAGGAUCGGAGCUCGAAAAGAAUGUGUCCCUGAAAUCGAUUCUAGAUGGAGCAAUGGACAGUCAGGAUUCACAGAACUUCAUCGAUUUGCUGGUAGAGGCGACCGGAAUCUCCGAAGCUGUUGAAGACGCCGAAGAGAAGAUGAUCAAAACGCAAAGGAUGAAGGAUGAUGCGAUGGGAAGGGGUCCCGACGGGCAACCACUGUACUUUACAAAAGAGAAUGUGACUAGAAUGUAUCCAGAAGAAGCGAAGAAAAUUGAGUUGUUCGAGCAACUCGACAAGACGUACACAAUAGAGCAGUUGCGCGACAUGAAUCGAACCGGGUAUACUGUAAUGAGUCCGAAACAACUCGAAAUGGUCUACGGAAAGGAUUCAAUGUACCGUAAUCUAGAAUUGAUCAAAAGAAUGCAGAAUAUGACAAGAGCUGAGAUCAAUCGAGAGAUUCACAAAGUCAUCAAAGGCAUUUCCCAAGAAAAAUUGAAGUUCGAGGUCCGAAGAAAGGACAUCGUGCUCUCGCCGUUGCUUCUAUCCGCUGUAAUUAAUGCGCCACAGGUCGCCUCACAGCCCAUCAUCCUCUCCCCCGUCGUGUUGGUCCCGCUCAUCCAAUCGCCGGCAAUCUUCGGAGUUGUCAUCCUCUCGCCCUGGGUAUUCGUGCCGGUCAUUCUAGCGCCACGCAUCUUCAGUCCCGUGAUUCUAGAUCCCUUCAUCUUCGUGCCCAUAAUUCUUUCACCAUUUGCCAUGGUUCCCAUCAUCCUCUCCCCAGGUGUCUUCAAUCCCAUCAUCCUGUCCCCGUUGCUCAUGUGCCCCUUCAUCCUGUCGCCCCAAGUGAUGACCCCCAUCAUCCUCUCCCCGUUCGCCCUAACCCCGUUGGUCCUUAACCCCCUAGCUCUUUCGCCUCUAGUCCUUUCUCCAUUCGUGCUUUCUCCACAGGUCCUUUCUCCCCAGUACAUCACCGCAAUCAUCCUCUGCCCUCACGCCCUCUCACCCGCCAUCGAGUCCAAUGGUGCAAUGGUGACGAUAUUUGCUUCGCCCGGUUGGCUGAGUCGAUAA